AAAAAAAAGAAGAAUGGUUUACAUAGACUGAUUGACAUUUUUUUUCAUAGCUCACAAGUGGCUAAUUUUAAUCUCUCUGUGCUAUAGCCAUUCAGAGACAUAUAGGAUAAAGAUGCCAACGACAUGGUUUGUGCUAUGGUGACGUUGACUCUGUUUUGUGCUCGAGGUCACCGGAUCAUGCUCCAUGCUUUCAUUGUAGGUCAAACAAUAGCCGAGAAACGGUAGAAGAAAAAAACAGGAGGAUGGCGAUGUCAACCGAUCGAUCUCCCCUGCUACCAUGGUGUUCCAUACCCAUGGGCUUACUCUUUGCUUAUUCUGCAUCGAUUCAGUUAAAUGAUCCAGAUUGGUACUUUUGGGUCCCACUCUAUGCUCUUGCUUCUGGUGUUAAUCUCCUCCAAGCGAGAUCGACAGCCAGGAUCCUCAACCGAGUGGCUCUGUUGGACCUCCGGCUUGGAGUUGUCCUGCUCCUCAAGGUCGUUGUGGAAGCCCAUUUAUAUGGAUUGGCCGGAUUUUGGUCGUUGGACAUGCGUGAGAGGGCUGUGAGAGAGAAGAUUGGUUGUGGGUUGGUGGUGAUCUCCAUGUUUCUUCAUAUCAAGGCUUCUCGAGCUUCCAAAGAGACCAGGAAAGGGAAGAAGGAACGGGCUGCUAGAUUUGCUGAAUCUGGGAUGGCGAUCCUUGCGGCUGUCAGUUUUGGACUUUCCGUCUACUUCUACAUGUUCGUUAGACAGCAUAUGAAGUUCUGACUCAGAUGAUGAAGAGGUUCGUCAUGCCGAGAUUGCUCAUCCAUAUAUAUGCCUGAAAUCCCUUUCUAUUUGUGCAAAUAUGAAGGAAAGUUGAGGAUGUUUCCGAGGGAUGUACCUAUAAUCUUUCAUGUUUGUAACGAUUGAUGCCAAAGAACAUGUUGUCUGAGGACAAGAACGUGAAGAGGUUUAUCGUAUCCAAAGUUGACAUCCGUGCGCA